CGGUAGUUGAGCUUAUCCUCCGCUGACAGGAAGUGGCUGGUCCUUUUCCGCAGACUCCAACAUGGCCCGAGGACCGAAGAAGCAUCUGAAGCGCGUCGCAGCUCCUAAACACUGGAUGCUGGACAAACUCACUGGAGUGUUUGCUCCUCGUCCCUCCACCGGUCCCCACAAACUGAGGGAGUGCCUGCCCCUCAUCAUCUUCCUGAGGAACCGUCUCAAGUACGCUCUGACCGGAGAUGAGGUCAAGAAGAUCUGCAUGCAGAGGUUCAUCAAGAUCGAUGGCAAGGUCCGCACUGAUGUCACCUACCCCACUGGCUUCAUGGAUGUGGUCAGCAUUGAGAAGACUGGCGAGAACUUCAGACUGAUCUAUGAUGUCAAGGGUCGCUUUACAGUUCACCGCAUCACAAAUGAGGAGGCCAAGUACAAAUUGUGCAAGGUGAGGAAAAUCCUCAUUGGCACAAAGGGAAUCCCACAUCUGGUGACCCAUGAUGCCCGCACCAUCCGUUACCCUGAUCCAAUGAUCAAGGUCAACGACACCGUCCGCAUUGACCUGGACACUGGCAAAAUUACAGAUUUCAUCAAGUUUGAGACAGGCAACAUGUGCAUGGUGACUGGAGGUGCUAACUUGGGGCGUAUUGGUGUGAUCACCAAUAGAGAGAAGCAUCCUGGCUCUUUUGAUGUGGUGCAUGUUAAAGACAGCACUGGCAACAGCUUUGCCACCAGGCUCUCCAACAUUUUCGUCAUCGGCAAGGGCAACAAGCCAUGGGUGUCCCUGCCUCGUGGAAAGGGUAUCCGCCUGACCAUUGCUGAGGAGAGAGACAAGAGGCUGUCUGCCAAACAGAGCAGCAGCUAAGUCAACAGCCUAGCAAACAACUUGAUUUAUAAUAAUAAAAAAAAAUU